CGGUUGGCUGGGUCUGUCCCAAAAUGGCGGCGCCCAUGCCAGCCGGGCGCUAGGGCAGGGGAGAUGCUGCUGCUGGGGCUCCGCGGGGCGCUGGGCUGGGCCCGGAGCUGCCGCCUGCCAGGCCCCGGCUGGAGCAGGGGGGUCAGCGGGGCCCUCCGCCUGCAGGAGCCGGGAGCCGGGCGCUCGGUUUAUAGCCCGCUUGUUCAGACAGCCAGAGGUUAUGCCAGGCCUGUCAAAAAGAGGAAGCAAGUGCUCCCCAGCCAUCUGGAUGACCUUCCUCCUACCAUGCUGAAGAAAGAUUAUGCCAAUGUCCCAAUAAUAGAUAAGGUUGAUGAUGUAGUGAAAAGGCUAUUGUCUCUGGAAAUGGCCAGCCAGAGGGAGAAAGUGAAGAUAAAGACGCAGCAGUUGAUAGAGAAGGUUAGGAGGACUCCCAGUGACACCGGUUCCUUCGAGGUACAAGCUGCUAUUUUAACUGCCAAGAUUCAAACUCACCAGGAGCACCUGCAGAAGCACCCCAAGGACAAAAGUAACCGGCGCCGCAUGCUGAUGGCCAUGGAUUGCCGGAAGAAACUGCUCAAGUACCUGCGUCGCACCCGCUAUGAGACUUUUGAGCAGACGUGCAAACAGCUGGGCAUCCAGUACACGUUACCGCCACCCUAUUGCAGGCGAAUGACCCGGCGAUGGGCUGCUAAGAAGGCUUUCUGCCUCAAG